AUGGCGGUAGCGAUUUCUGAGAAAUUGAUGGCAACUUCAUCGACAAAACCAGUGAUGGUGAAAGAGGUUUGGGCAGGAAAUUUGGAAUUCGAGCUGCGGCAGAUAAGGCAAGCCAUCCCCUACUAUCCAGUAGUGACGAUAGACACUGAAUUUCCCGGUACGAUCUACAAGGCAGACCGUGACAAGAUUUCCAACAAUCCUUCAUACAACUACGCUUUCAUGAAGGCCAACGUCGAUGAGCUCAAUAUUAUCCAACUUGGUCUUACCGUUUCCGAUGAGUAUGGUAACCUCCCUGACUUUGGCUCUGCUUGCUCCUACAUAUGGGAAUUCAACUUCUGCGACUUUGACAUCGAUCAAGAUCCUCAUGACCCAGAUUCAAUCGAAUUACUUAAGCGUCAAGGGAUCGACUUUAGGAGGAACAAAGAAGAGGGCGUUGAUUCUAUGGAGUUCUCACGACUGUUAUUUGAAUAUGAGAUUGUUUCAGAAAAUUUGUCUCUUGCGUGGCUUACGUUUCACGGUGCUUAUGAUUUCGGGUUUCUAGUCAAGAUUUUGUCUGGUGGACAAGAGCUGCCCAGUGAACUGGAUUGCUUUAUAGAGGAACUGGAAUGUUAUUUGGGAGAUUGGGUAUAUGAUACGAAAGUUGUGUCCAAGUCUUAUAAUCUGUACGGUGGCUUGGAGAAGAUGGCUAAGGAAUUAGGAGUAGAAAGAAUAGCAGGGAGGAGUCACCAGGCAGGUUCUGAUAGUUUGCUCACUAUGCAAACUUUCAUGAGGCUUCAAGAACACUACUCCUCUGAUGACAUAUCUGAUUUGAACGAGUUUGGGUUGUUGCUGUAUGGAUUGGAGGUUCCAAACGUUUCUGAGUUCAGAAGGUUUGAUGGAGUCCUUCCUUCUCCUUAUCACACUGAGACGAUUGAUUUAUGUCCUGUACAGAUCAACUAUAAUUGGGGUGAGUUAGGUCAAGCACACUUUAAAGAACACUUUGGUGAUGGUGUUUAUCAGCAACAACGUCGGUCUUCCUUGUGGUGGUCUGCAUCUUUCGUACUUGGUUCUAGUUGGGAUACAAAAGUCGGUGGUCAAGACUUAUGUUGUUUUGAUUGUGGUGGUUUCGGUUUCAAUUUGAUGGAUCAGUUGUCGAAAAUUAUUGCCGGCUGA